UCACAGCGCGGGAGGCGGGAUCGGGGAAAGGAGGGACAGCGGGGGAGGAGGCUCCGCGCUGCCGAGAGGGUGGAGGGAGGCCGCGCAAUCCCAGCCCAGAGCUUCAAAACAGCCCGGCGGCCUCGCCUCGCUACGCAGCCCGUCAGUCGUUCCAGCCGCAGGCGCAGCCGCCAGCGCCAGCACAUCCUGCUCUGGGCUUUAAACGUGACCCCUCUCCUCGGCCUGCCCUGUGAAAAUGUUGGUGCUUCUUGCUUUCAUCAUUGCCUUCCACAUCACCUCUGCGGCCUUGCUGUUCAUUGCCACCAUCGACAAUGCCUGGUGGGUAGGAGAUGAGUUUUUUGCAGAUGUCUGGAGAAUAUGUACCAACACCACGAAUUGUACAGUAAUCAAUGACAGCUUUCAAGAGUACUCCACACUGCAGGCGGUCCAGGCCACCAUGAUCCUUUCCACCAUUCUCUGCUGUAUCGCCUUCUUCAUCUUCUUGCUCCAGCUCUUCCGCCUGAAGCAGGGAGAGAGGUUUGUGCUAACCUCCAUCAUCCAGCUAAUGUCAUGUCUGUGUGUCAUGAUUGCGGCCUCCAUUUAUACGGACAGGCGUGAAGACAUUCACAAGAAAAACACGGAAUUCUAUAACCUGACCGAAGGAGGCAGCUACGGCUACUCCUACAUCCUGGCGUGGGUGGCCUUCGCCUGCACCUUCAUCAGCGGCCUGAUGUACCUGAUACUGAGGAAGCGCAAAUAGAGUUCCGGAGCUGGGUUGCUUUUGCUGCAGUGCAGAAUCCACAUUCAGAUAACCAUUUUGUAUAUAAUCAUUAUUUUUUUGUGAGGUUUUUCUAGCAAACGUAAUGUUUCCUUUAAAAGCCAAAAAAAAAAAAAAAAAAAAAAGAAAAGAAAAGAAAAAGAGAAAAAAAUCCAAAACAGAGAAGAGUUUUUGCAUUCUUGAGAUCAGAGAAUAGACUGUGAAGGCUGGUAUUCAGAACUGCUGCCCACUCAAAAGUCUCAACAAGACACAAGCAAAAACCCAGCAAUGCUCAAAUCCAAAAGUGCUGGGCAGGACAUUUCUUAACCAUGGGGCUGUGAUGAGAUGAGGGGCCGGGAAUGUGAUUCCUAUAGGUCUCAGCUGGCCCAAGCCCCUCUGGAGUCUCUCUGCUACUGGUGGGGGGAAGGGGGUGGGGUGGAGUGCAGGAGAGGAAUGACAGCUUCCUGAGAGGUGUAGCCCAAGUGCCACGUGAGAAGCAGGUGUAGCCGCUGGUCUUCUGUCUGUAUCCACAUCAGAGCCCAACCAACCCUCCGGUAUAGGGGUGGGUCAGAAGAAGUCUCACCUAAAUUUGCCAAGUGUCAUCUGCUUGCCUUAGGAAUGGUGACCCUUUACCUGCGUGCCAGAUUUAGACUCACCCUUAGGCAAAACCUACAGUGAACCCCCCCGCCCACCCCAGACCUACAGAAUCAGUCUUCAAGGGAUGGGGCCAGGGAAUCUGCAUUUCUAAUACGCUCCCUGGGCAACGCUUCAUAUACAUUGAAGUUGGGGACCAUAGUCCCUGGGCCAGGUGAGCAGAGCUGCCUCAUAAAUACUAGGAUGUCAUCAUGUGGAGAUGGGGAGGUGGGUGUCCCCCCUACAGCAAACCAAAACCUUGGCCUCCAUCACCACAGCUAUCUAUUUCCAGGGCCCCCAAACUCCAUUCCUGGGCCAUGUGAACUCAUAGAACUUCAAGGAGUGGGGUACAGCAUCCUUCCCAUCCUAUCCCAGAAAGCCUGUCCCUUCUUAUCCAUCACCUCAUGCUAUACCUGGCUGGCCUCUCACCUCUAUUCCUAGAGCCUCAGAGAACCUGCCCACCAUUCAUUCAUUAAUCAACAUAAAACAUGACUUGUGUGCAUGUGCCAGGCACAGGGGAUACCCUCUCAAGACAGUCUCCUGCUAGGGCUCAUGGCCUAGUAGAGGAGACAGAUUAAAAAUUAAUUAGAAAAACUGGCUGGGCGCGGUGGCUCACACUUGAAUCCCAUUCUUUGGGAGGCCAAGGCGAGUGGAUCACCUGAGGUCAGGAGUUCGAGACCAGCCUGGUCAAAAUGGUGAAACUCUGUCUCUACUAAAAAUACAAAAAUGAGCUAGGCAUGGUGGCACGUGUGUGUAAUCCCAGCUACUCAGGGGGCUGAGGCAGGAGGAGAAUUACUUGUACCCAGGAGGUGGAGGUUGCAGUGAGCCGUGAUCAUGCCACUGCACUCCAGCCUGGGUGAUAGAACGAGACCCCAUCUCAAAGAGAAAAACUAUACACCAUAAUGGAGGCUGCUGAGAAUACCAUAAAGAAUUCAAAAUCGAGGCCUGUGGCAUGGGAGGGGCACUGCUUUAUGCGUGCCUAUUUUUAAAUGCUCCUGGAAGCAUCUAGGCAUUUAGAUCAGUCUAAAUAUAGUUCCAUUCAGUUUGUGCAUAUGACAUUUAUUGGGCAGUACUCAUCUGUGUAACACCCAGAGAACACGUCCAUGGAGGGGCCCAUGGUCCCGACAGCAAAUGUGGUGAGAAGGUCCUAUAGAGCCGGGGUUCUCAGGCUUUAGGGGCUCCCGUGCCACUUGGGACAGGCUGAUUAGCGGGUCUGGGUGGUUCCCAGGUGAUUAUAAGACUGCGCUGAGAAAUAGAGCUUUCAGGGAUCUGUCCUGCAGGGUCAAAGCAUGAUGUGCGUGUGGCAAUCCAUGCAGUCCUCCCAGAAACCAUCCCAGGAUAGAAGCUCUUUGGACGUCAUUGUCUGUUACCUCUUAGUUGGAGCAGCAUGUGGAGGCUGUCCUGGGAGGAGUGUGAGACUUUGUGCUAUUUAAAUCCUUUUGCACUUGACCUUCUGCUUAGUGGAGUGAUCGUUUGCCAUCAGCUCGCUUUCAGUGGAGCUUCAGAGACAUCUGGUUUGAGUAGUUUUAGGGCCACCAUGGAUAUCUUGUCAAUGCAGGAUUGGGUCUUUCCUUCUGCUCUUUCGUUCAUUUGUUUUUGACAAAUAGUGUUAAAUGUUUACCAUGUUCCAGGCACUGUGUGAGGCUCUGAAAAUACAGGGUGAGCAAAUCCAGAUAUCCUCCCUGCCCUCAUGAAGCUUGCAGUCUAUGAGAUAGGACCCCCCUCCCCCAUGGAGAAGCCACCAAUCAGUACAGGGUAGCCUGGGGCCAGAGACAGGACAAAUGUCACCUCCUGCCUCCAUGAGAAACCAUCACUGGGCAUGUUGUGUUCAAGAACAUGUUUACACCCCUGGGGCUAACAGGAUGCCGCUAACCAAGCUCAUGGAGGAAGUUGAAUGUUAAGUUCCCUCGAAACUUUCUACCUUGGUGACUUUUCUAUAAUUUUCUGACAGUCACAAUGGAAACGAACAAAGUACCUUAGAACCAGAGAUCAACUCCCAAGCAAUACAUGAAUUCCCUUCACAAAAAACGUCAGGGCUGGCCAGGUGUGGUGGCUCACGCCUGUAAUACCAGCACUUUGGGAGGCUGAGGCGGGUAGAUCACAAUGUCAGGAGUUCAAGACCAGCCUGGCCAAGAUGGUGAAAGCCCGUCCCUACUAAAAAUACAAAAAUUAGCUGGGCUUGGUGGCAGCACCUGUAAUCCCAGCUACUAGGUAGGCUGAAGCAGAGAAUCGCUUGAACCCUGGAGGUGGAGGUUGCAGUGAGCCGAGAUCGCACCACUGCACUCCAGCCUGGGCGGUAGAGUGAGACUGCUGUCUCAAAACAAACAAAAAAAACCAAAACGUCAGGGCUACGUGAGUAUCUUGUUGCAUGCAGUCUGAAAUGAUCCUGUGGAUUUUCCCGGCUGGCUGCCACUACUGUACAACAUUCAGUGCCCACAUCCAUCUGUGCCGUGAAGGUUUUCUGAGGCAUGAGUGAUGCCUCUUCCCUGCUGUAUGACAUGCAUUUGGGAAGUGGGAAAGAAACCGGGACAUCAGGGAGAAAACAUCCAACCUUCUUCCCUGUAGGUAGAAUCAGCCCCCACUUGGUGCUUACUACCAGCUGUUCAAGAGCAAUAACAACAAGAUUAGUCGACAUCCAGGAAGCAAAUAUUAGGACCAAAGAGCAUCAGCCGCAUUUGAAGGAACUGUAGUUUGCGCAUUUUAUGACAUUUUAUAAAGUACUGUAAUUCUUUCAUCGAGAGGCUAUGUGAUGGAGACAGACUAACUCAUUUUGUUAUUUGCAUUAAAAUUAUUUUGGGUCUCUGUUCCAAUGAGUUUGGAGAAUGCUUGACUUGUUGGUCUGUGUGAAUGUGUGUGCAUACACCUGAAUACAGGGACGUCAGAGACCUCCUCACUCCCACACACUGUGCUAUAGUUUUCGUGCUUUUGUGCACACCCCUCAUGAACAGGCUGAAGUUCUAGAACACUCUGUUCGUUGAUGAUGAAGAAACCUAGAACUUCAAGCCUGUUUGUAAACACACUAAACACAGUGGCCUGGAUAGAAGCUGUAUCGUAGUUUAAAAUCUGUCUUGGGGGGUAUUACUAAACUCACUAAUAGUUUAAAGGUUACUGAUGAUGGAGCCAGUUGGACAAUUUCAUGGUGUUGGGGAAAUGCUAGCGCAAGGCCUAUAGGUUGACUUUGAAUUUUGGUUUGGGGAGAAAUGUGAUUUUAGGGUAGUUAGAAACUUUCUACUUAAUGUACCUUUAAAAUAGUCCAUUUUCUAUGUUUUGUAUAAUCUGAAACUGUACAUGGAAAAUAAAGUUUAAAACCAGA